AGGGAAACUUUUAGCUUUCGCUCUCUUUGGUCAAUUAUUUAAAAAAAACUAAACAAAAGAAUUAACUCCAGGUCUAGACAAAACUCCAGUGUUCACCCAAAACUAUUCGUAAGAAUCCCAAAAUGAAAAAACAAAUUCCAGAGUAACCAAAACUAUUCGCAAAAUGAGGAAAUGAACCCAAAAUGAAGGCAAUGAACCCUAUCUUCAGCUUUCUCUCUCCCUAAAUCUUCAAUUUAGAAGCUCUUUUCUCCACUAAAUCUCUAAUUUAGCUUUCUCUCUCCCACUCCAUCUUCAAUUUUGCUGGUCAUUAACCCUAAUUUUAUACGUUUUGGUUUGCCUGAAAUUCGUCUGAAAUUGGUAGAUUCGCCUGAAAUUCGUAUGAAUUUCGCAUGAAAUUCGUCUGAAUUUCGCCUGAAGUUCGCCUGAAAUUCGUUUGAAGUUCCCCUGAAGUUAGUCUGAUAGCAUGGAUAAUGAUAGGAGUUGGAUGCAUAUUCAAGGGUUGAGCAAUCGGCUACAACCACCUUACCGAAAUGGUGUUAAAAGUUUUCUCAAAUUUGCUUUCAAGGACGCAAUCCCUAAUACUAGGGCUAAGAGAAGGUGUCCUUGUUUGAAUUGUCGAAAUUAUAUCGACCAUGAUCGAGAGACAAUGCGUGCCCAUCUUUUCCGAGUAGGAAUAGAACCUGACUACAAUCCUUGGAUAUUCCAUGGAGAAGAACAAUUCCUUGACAUGGGAAACAUGUAAAUGUCCGAGGAGGAAGGCGAUUGGUUUGAUGAUAAAGAUCCUCUCGUAUCAGAGGAGAUGGCAGCUUUGGUGCAUGAUGCCACAAAUGUAGUGCCCGAAAAUUUGAAUGAGGAAGAAGAAGUGGAUCGUGCUGAGAUUCCUGAUAAAUUUCAUAGGUUGAUGAAAGAUGCUGAAGAAGAAUUAUUCUCGGGUUGUAAAACCUUUUCAAGGUUGGAGUUCAUCGUAACUCUCUUACAUAUUAAGGUUAGUGGACAUUGGCCCGAGAAGUCAUUUAGUCUGCUCCCUAAUGCGUUACAAAAGGCCUUCAAUUAUGAUCCAAAAUUUCCAAAGAGCUCCCGUGAAGCCCAGAAGUACACAAAAGAUCUUGGGUUGAAUUAUGUGAAGAUCCAUGCUUGUGUAAAUCAUUGCAUUCUUUAUAGAAAGGAGUAUGAAAAUGCCGAUUCAUGCCCUAUUUGUGAGGAGUCCAGAUGGAAAGAAGGUAGUGGUGAAUUUGAUGAUAGUGUCCCAUUUUCGGAAUCUCAAGGAACCUCACAACGGAUUCCUAGAAUACCUCGUCUAGUUCUUCGCCAUUUUCCUUUAGUGCCUAGGCUUCAAAGGCUUUUUAUGUCUUCCAAAAUUGCUAAGCAUAUGAAAUGGCAUAAGGAUAGGAAGCGAGUUGAUAAGGACGUAUUAAGGCAUCCAUCUGAUUCAAAGGCAUGGGAGAAGCUCGAUGAUUCAUUUCCUGAUUUUGCAGCAGAUCCAUGUAAUGUAAGAUUAGGUCUUUCAACUGAUGGUUUCAAUCCUGGUGCACAUUUAGGCACUAAGUAUAGUAUAUGGCCAGUCUUUUUAGUGCCAUAUAAUCUCCCACCAUGGAUGUGUAUGGCAAGUCCUUACAUCAUGCUAUCACUCUUAAUUCCUGGUCCAAAGUCCCCCGGAAAUGAUAUAGAUGUGUUCUUGGAGCCGUUGAUCGAUGAACUUCAAGAGUUAUGGGAAGUUGAGGUGAAAACUUAUGAUUCACAUAGUCGCCAAAAUUUUAAUAUGAAGGCAGCGCUAUUGUGGACAAUGAGUGAUUUUCCGGCUUACGGAAAUCUGUCUGGUUGGAGUACUUGUGGUAAACUUGCUUGCCCAUCAUGUCAUAAGCAUACUUGGCACAAGAGGUUAAAGCAUGGAUCGAAAGAAUGCUUUAAAGGUACUCGUAUGUUCUUAGAACCCGAUCAUAGGUGGAGAAAUGACAAGAAAUCUUUUGAUGGGGAAAAGGAGAGACGACCACCUCCGAUUCCUUUGUCAGGGGAUGAGAUAUUAGAGGCAUUUGAUGGUGUCCCCAAUGUGAUUUUUGGGAAGAAGCGAAAGAGAACUGAUCGAUACUUGUUUGACCAAUGGAAGAAGUUGAGCAUCUUCUUUAGACUUCCUUAUUGGAGUAAGCUUUUGAUAAGACACAACUUAGAUGUCAUGCAUAUUGAAAAGAACAUUUGUGAUAGUAUAUUAGGAACAAUACUUGAUAUUCCUAAUAAGACAAAAGACACCUUGAAAGCUCGAAAGGAUUUGAAGGAGAUGAAUGUGCAUCAUAAUUUAAUUCCUAUUAAGAUAGGUGAUAAAUAUGCCAUCCCUAGAGCACCAUAUCAGUUGACAUCUAUAGAGAGGCGUAAAGUAUUGGAGUUCUUGUCUAAGGUUAAAGUGCCAGAUGGUUACUCUUCUAACAUAGCUCGAUGUGCAAGUAUGAAAGAUGGAAAAAUCUCAAACAUGAAAAGUCAUGAUUGUCAUGUGUUCUUGCAAGAUUUGCUUAAACCGGCAUUUCAAGGUAUCUUACCUAAGGAGGUGCUAGAACCUUUGGUUGAGCUUAGCUUAUUUUUUAAGCAAUUGUGUUCUAAAACUCUAAAAAUUGAUGUGUUGGAGAAGAUGGAAAAGAGUAUUGCAAUUACUCUUUGCAAGCUUGAAAAGGUAUUUGUUCCGGCUCUCUUUGAUAUUAUGGUCCACCUUCCAAUCCACUUGGCCAAUGAGGCCAAGAUAGCUGGCCCAGUGCAAUACCGUUGGCAAUAUCGGUUUGAAAGGGAAAUGCACACAAUGAAACCUACUGUGAGUAACAAAGCACAACCAGAAGGCUCGAUAGCUAAUGCACGCAUAAUGGAAGAAUGUCUUGCCUUUAUAUCUAGAUAUCUAAAUGGGAUUGAGACUAAGUUCAAUCGCAUGAGUAGAAAUGACAUGGAUAUGCAAGAAUCUCUGUUGUUCAAGUUAUCAGUUUUCCAAAAGAAGGGGAAUCCAUUAGGCAAAAGAACAUUUAAGCAAUUGAGCUUUUUGGAUUGGAAGCAAGCUCAAUUGUAUGUUCUAAUGAAUUGUCAAGAAGUACAACCAUUUAUAGGAGAGUACGCCACUAUACAUGGGCCAAAACCAAGUCUAGUUGAUUGGUUUCAAUCUCAAAUUUGGAAGCUUUACAAGGAGGGAGAUCCAAGAGUAACAGCUGAGUUAUUGUCAUUGUCACGAGGCCCGAGUAAGAGUGUGAGAAGUUAUCAGGGAUACUAUGUAAAUGGGUAUCGCUUUCACACUAAGAAGCGCCAAAGAUGGCGAAAGACACAAAAUAGUGGAGUAGUUGUCAAAGGAGAUGAAGAGAGCGGAGAAAAAGACUUCUUUGGGGUUUUGAAAGAAGUCAUAAAACUUGAAUAUGAUGCUCCAAAUAGUGGUGACAAAGAACCUAUUGUGGUGUUGUUUAGAUGCGUUUGGUUUGAUGUCUAUAGGGAGGGGCGAGGGAUUAAAAGGGACAAGUUUGGUGGCAUAUGCCUAAAUUUCAAAAAGUUUUUAGGGACCAAUGAGCCAUUUGUUAUGGCAUCUCAAGUAGGACAAGUUUAUUAUGUUAGGGUACAUAAUGAGCCGGAUUGGAGAACUCCUAUUAAGACAGUCCCUCGUAAUUUCUAUAAUUUUCCAAUAGUUGAGGCAGAUGACUCUGAUGAUGAGCAUGAUGAUGUGGACGUUGGAAUACCAAACGCAGUGGCAGAUGAUGGAGAUGAUGUUGUGAUCUUACCUAGAAAUGAUGUUCCGCCGGAAUUAGUGAAUGCAACUGAAUUUGAGUCGGGGGAGGACGAGAUUUUGAAUGAGGAAGAAGAAGAAGACAGUGAGCAAGAUGAGGAAAGUGAGCUAGAUGAUGAUGAAGAAGAAGAUAUUCCAGAGGGUUUAUAUGACUUGGACUCAAGCAGCGAAUGAUCAGAUUCAAACUUAUUUCUAAUACUUUUUUUGUUUUGUUAUUGUUCUGUUUAUUGUUGAUCAUCUUUGUGUGUCAGAAUAUUCAUUUUCCCUCUUUGCAAAAUAGUAACAAUCCAUUACAAGAUUGCAAGACUUUGAUACCUUUCUGAA